AUGGCUUCCGACAACGAGUCGUCAGACUCUCGACCGACGAGAUCGCCGCUUCAGCCAACAUCCUCCGUUUUUCAGACCAGAGCCACGAAACAACUGGGCCUGUUCUUCGCCGGCGCCGGCUUUUUUCUCUUCUCGGCUAUGAUCACGCGACGCUCCGUAGUACGCAAACAACUCGCCGCCUUUCCCAAAUUCUACCAGCCCAGUCACUAUGCGGCAGGGAAGCAAGGGAAUCCCGAAGGAGGCAUGAUUGCCUUUGAGGCCUUGAACCUGGCGACACUCAAUGUCUUCAGCUUUGCCAUAAUGAUGACUGGAGGAGCGGCAUGGGCAUUCGAUGUGUCUUCGGUCGACGAUCUGAGAGACAUGGCACGAAGAAGCAUUCGCGGAGCAGCUGGCCAGACGGAUGAGGCCGCUGAGCGAGAAUUCGAAGAAUGGGCUGCCAAAGUUUUGACCAAGUUCGGCAAGAUGCCCGCUGAGGACGAAGCACAGAACAAGGACAACAGUGCGGCCGACUCCAAGACAGACAAGUAG